ACCACAACACGUACCACCCAACACCCCGCCUGUGCCUUUGCAUCGACCGGGGCUUGUAGAAACGCAAUCCGGAUUCAUUCUGGACAAUUGCACGCCAUCGUGACUGUUGCGCUUACCGUAUUGAUCGCUGAAUACGCCGUGUCAGGCCACAUAGGGUGCUCAGUCAUCCAGUAGCGACUCAUAUUGCCCUGGUCCGCUGUGGGAUCUAUGAACAUCAUCUGCAUACCAGAGCCAUGACCAGAGUAUAUCAUCCGCGUGCGCAACAGGCGCCGCAGCGCGGCACUACGCUUGAUCAGUCGCGAGCCGCCAUCAGGAAGAAGAAGCCGUACAAGAUCGUGCUAGAAGCGGUAACCCAAGAGAAGAAAAAGCUACAUUCCAUUCUAACAUACGCGUCAAACGCUCCCGCUGGCUUCGGUUUCAUCCCAGCUGGACACCCCGAAUUCACAGAAUGGUGCAAAGAGCAGUGUCGACAGCGCAACCUUGACGUACACAUCGUCUCUGCCAAGCCGAAGAACAAAACCCACUCCGAUCCCGAGAAGCUAUCUCACCACGUCCACCGAGUCGGACACCACUUUCCCAUUCACAUCAUCGAACUUGCCUGCAGCAAGUUCGGAUAUCUCUACGAUGAGAGACGCGGCCUGCGGAAGGAUAAAGAAGGUGACAGAACCAACUGGAUAGCCCAAGAGUUUGAAGACUACUCUUCGCGGCAAGUACAACGAGGGCAUCCCGCCACUGAAAAGGAGACCAAGGGCUACAUCCAUGGCGCCGUUCGCGAGAUGUUUCCCAAGAUACCAGAGGCAGAUCUGCAAGCCAUUGUUUCUCAUGCCUUUGAGGAGGGAACUAACCGGGUAGGUAAUGCUAAGGAGCUUUCGUUGGCUCGUAGAGUGCAACUUGCAGUUGUCGCGCAUAUCCGCCACACAUACACAGACUACGAUAAGCUGCUCAAGACUGACGGCUGGUCGGAAGCCCGCGGUCAAGUCGAGAAAGUUUCUCUUGCGAAACUCAAAGAGUGGCGAGAUGAAGACGGAAAGCAAAGCAACGAACUCGAGGAAACCUUCCGUGAAGUCAUUGUUCUCGACGAUGAUGAUGAAGCUAGCAGCGAUGAAGGUUCCAUGGCCACGCCUGAUGAGCGCGAGCAAAGCAUGGAAAUUGUUUCCAGUCGUGCUACUGCGCGCGAUUUACAGCCGGAACUACAUGCUAAUUACCCGAGUGGAGAUGUUCACAACAUGAGACCUUCAUCAAGAAGAACCAUUGUCCUUCCGCGUUAUGCUCCUCCUCCACCGCCACCUGUAUUGUCUGGCACCUCACAUUUCCAGUCACAUUUGCAGCAGCCUUUCCAACCAGCGCGAACAAGGACAAACGAUCCGCGAGCGAGACCAGCCGAGGCUGGCCAGAGUAUUAGAAACGCACAGCCGAUCGUGCGUGAGAUCAACGGCCAACUAUACCAACUUCAACCCAUCAAGGAAGAUCGUGGUGCGUCAAGGUUACAGUAUAACGAUCCUCCUUUGCGCGCUGCGCCGCGUCGCGUACAGGAAGGAUAUGUUCAGCCUCCAUCACCUCGUCACAGUGCCUUUGACAGACCACUAGCGCGCCCAAGGCGCCCAUCAGACCAAGAUGUUGUGCUCCCUUCUGUCGAGCCUGAGACAGUCGAUCUGACAUCACCACAACAUAUUGCAACUUCUCAGCAGCCUGCCUGGAAUCACAACGCGAAUCAGAACAGACCGUAUAAUGAGCUGCAAUCGCCAAAGCGAAAAGCGCUCCCUUCUUUUGCGGAUGACAGACAGUCUCAGGCCGAGCAACACGCCAAGCGUCUAAGGCCCGUGUACCGUGAGGAAGCUCGCCCUCGGACUUACGGAGAUAAUCAAGCAGGAUACCAUAUGAGCCAGCGCAUGGCGCCUGACUAUGGGCCAAGGGCCCCACCGCCUAGAGAGCAAGUUAUUGAUCUGACUACUAGUCCUUACAAGCCACCUUCUAGUGGUGGCAGAGGUUACGAUGUCUCUGCACGCCCGCUUGCGCCUGCUGAUCCUCGUGGAUAUGCAUAUGCUUCUGGACCGUCUCAUCGAAUGCAUGUGCAUGAAGUGAGAGGUGCACAGUAUGAUGUACAUCCUGUUGAUCCGUCUCGUGCUUACGUGCCUGACAAUAGGAUGUAUGAGAGGCGCCUCCAGCCGAACCAUGACUACAUUCCACUCCGAGAAGAUGAGCAGCCACGACGUCUUGAAGAUGAGAGUGUGCGAUACUUGAGGAGCGGUGUACGUUAUGGCGGAUGAUUGCUUUGACAUGCAUUGGUAGCAGGACGGGCGGAGUUAUACGGUUUUUCCUACGGACGAUACCCUUUUCCUUCUGUUUAUUGCGUUCCCGGAGUCACGUAUCCUGGAGAUUAUCGGUUCCAGUCACUCGCGUUUCGCGUGUCGUAUGAUCUGAUUGCGACUUCGGUGGCAUACCAUCGUGAACAGCGAAGCGAAUUUUGUGCAUUGGAGAUCAUGGUCGGGCGUUUGCCACAUACCAGCAUGACGACAGAAGGCGUUUGUCAACUAUGGAUGGAUACCAACAGCUACUGGGUUGGAGGUAGAUGUACGACUGAAAAGAAUUCAUGUAUGAUAAUACGAAGCCACCGAAGAGGUGCACAAUAAGAAAUAACUUCACGAAGAC